GGACUAUAGUUUAUUUUUACCACCAUAUCUCUUGUUUAUAUUUGUUGAUAAGCUCCCGCUGAGAGUUCGCGUGGGGUAAAUCUUCUUUCAAUAUUUAAUUAAAUCCAUUUCAACAAUCGAAUUAGUUUAUAUCAAAGCGGCAAAUUGUGCGCAUCGUGUGAGUUCGUUUGUUGUGUUGCGCAUAACCACAAAAAAUCAUCUGAUAUUUGAUUACGUGCGUAAAAUAAUUUAUUACAAAACCAAAGGUUGAAGUUGAGCUAUAAAUAGAAAAAGUGUAUAUUUAAUGUUUAAUGUCAAUGUCAAGAAUACUUAAUUAUUAUAAUUAUUAACCAAAACCAAGAUACUGUACUAUGAUGUGCUGUACUCAGCUGUAGAAUAUUCCAGUAUUACUUCGUUUUUGUUUCUAUGGCGGUGUCAUAUCAAUCGAGUUUUCGAGACAGCAGUAUUGGCCAAAACAAUUACCAUAAUAAAGUUUUAGAGAACCCUGUGAUAAAAGCCUUCCUGUCCGGAUCAUGUUCGGGUGUUAUCAGCACAGUUUUAUUGCAACCUUUAGAUGUGGUAAAGACCCGCCUACAAAAUCCUCCAGCUGCACUUAGAAAUCAGCCAAAUGGACUACACAUCAUCCCUAUAGUUUCUAAUGUAAUAAAACACGAGCAGAUAGCAGGACUAUGGAAGGGCACUACACCGUCAUUAAUGAGAGCAGUGCCCGGAAUAGGAUUGUAUUUCUGCUGCUUAGAAUACGUUAAGACACAUUUCUUCAAGAAGAAGGCACCCACAGCCUCAGAAUCGAUACUGAUAGGUAUUUGUGCAAGAGGUAUGGCUGGAGCCACUCUUAUGCCUAUGACAGUUGUCAAAACGAGAAUCGAGAGCGGAGUGUACCAGUACAGCGGCGUUAUGGUGGCACUCCAAGACAUAUUUCACCACGAAGGUAUUAAAGGUUUAACGAGGGGACUGGUACCGACCAUUUUCCGGGACGCCCCCUACGCCGGAAUCUAUUUCAUGUUCUACAACCAAUCAAAAUCACUCAUACCAAAAGAUAUUUAUUCCACAUACACAUCACCCGUCAAUUUCGCUUGCGCUGUGAUAUCCAGCACAUUGGCAUCACUGGUUACCCAGCCACCUGACGUUUUUAAGACACAGCUGCAGCUGCAUCCAGAAAAAUUCAGCGGUUUAUGGUCUGUGAUGAUCCACGUUUAUGUUAAACACGGAUUCUUAGGGUAUUUUCAAGGUAUUGUUCCGAGACUGAUGAGGCGCACAUUGGUGGCUGCUAUUUCGUGGACUUUGUACGAGAAAGUCAUGCAAAGUAAUAAACACAAGAAGUAUUAAAUUAGGUUUAAGGUUUUUGUAAAAAAUGUAUUUAAAAUGUAAAUAAAAAGAUUGUUAUAUUUAUUUUAAA